AUGCUCAUUUCAUUGCUGCCUUUCCUGAUUUACUCGAUCCGCGCUGUUGUUUAUCCAGGGCCAAGCGGUGGUGAACUCAGCACUACUACAGAAGGGACUGAAGGAGAGCCACGUGAAGUAGUUGAAUGGCACUGCGAUUUCGAUGACGGUUACGGCGAGAUUCAAGGGCAAGUGAUCAUCAGGGAGGUUGAAAGGGAGCAUGAACAACACACCAUCACGACAAAAGAAGUCGAGUUUGCCGGCGACCUUACUUCCACCAAUGAAGUUGUCAAAACAGGAAAAUUCGGAUUUCAUGUUCACGAAAAGGCUAUUGACGAAGACGGAGAUUGUUCCACUGCUGGAGGUCACUUUUCUUUCGGAAAUCAACCACAUGGGCCCAAAAACGCAACGACAAAUGACAGACAUUAUGGCGAUCUUGGGAACGUAGACUUUGUUGAUGGCGUUACUUCUUUCAAGUUCACUGACGAGAACUUGAGCCUGAUGAAAGAUGAUGGGAAGUUUUUCGGAAACAGAUCAAUUGUCAUUCACGAUCGAUUCGAUGAUGGAAACUCCGCAGGAGAGAAUCUAGGAAACAGAGUUGGAUGCUGCAACGUGAAGAAGAGCUCCGCGAAAAGUACACUUCUCAACUCGACCCUACUGUCGAUCGUUGUUUACGCUUUUCUCCUUUUCUAG